CGCGCUGCGAGAGGCGGAGCCGAGAAGGGGCGGACCCGCGGCGCCGGCAUAAGAGCGCAGCGUGCGGGUGGCCUGGAUCCCGUGCAGUGGCCCGGCGAUGUCGCUCGUGCUACUGAGCCUGGUCGCGCUGUGCAGGAGCGCCGUACCCCGAGAGCCGACCGUUCAAUGUGGCUCUGAAACUGGGCCAUCUCCAGAGUGGAUGCUACAACAUGAUCUAACCCCUGGAGACUUGAGGGACCUCCGAGUAAAACCUGUUAAAACUAGUGUUGCAACAAGGGACUAUUCAAUUUUGAUGAAUGUAAGCUGGGUACUCCGGGCAGAUGCCAGUAUCCGCUUGUUGAAGGCCACCAAGAUUUGUGUGACGGGCAAAAGCAACUUCCAGUCCUACAGCUGUGUGAGGUGCAAUUACACAGAGGCCUUCCAGACUCAGACCAGACCCUCUGGUGGUAAAUGGACAUUUUCCUACAUCGGCUUCCCUGUAGAGCUGAACACAGUCUAUUUCAUUGGGGCCCAUAAUAUUCCUAAUGCAAAUAUGAAUGAAGAUGGCCCUUCCAUGUCUGUGAAUUUCACCUCACCAGGCUGCCUAGACCACAUAAUGAAAUAUAAAAAAAAGUGUGUCAAGGCUGGAAGCCUGUGGGAUCCGAACAUCACUGCUUGUAAGAAGAAUGAGGAUACGGUAGAAGUGAACUUCACAACCACUCCCCUGGGAAACAGAUACAUGGUUCUUAUCCAACACAGCUCCAUCAUCGGGUUUUCUCAGGUGUUUGAGCCACACCAGAAGAAACAAAAGCGAGCUUCAGUGGUGAUUCCAGUGACUGGGGAAAGUGAAGGUGCUAUGGUGCAGGGACUUGCAUGUCCUAAAGCACUGGCUGAAGGAAGCCAAGAGGAUCACUGCUGCUCCUUUUUUCUAGAGGAAAUGUUUGUCUACGUGCUGACUCCGUAUUUUCCUACUUGUGGCAGCGACUGCAUCCGACAUAAAGGAACGGUUGUGCUCUGCCCACAAACAGGCAUCCCUUUCGCUUUGGAUAACAACAAAAGCAAGCCAGGAGGCUGGCUGCCUCUCCUCCUGCCGUCUCUGCUGGUGGCCACAUGGAUGCUGGUGGCAGGGAUCUAUCUAAUGUGGAGGCACGAAAGGAUCAAGACUUCCUUUUCUACCACCACACUACUGCCCCCCAUUAAGGUUCUUGUGGUUUACCCAUCUGAAAUAUGUUUCCAUCACACAAUUUGUUACUUCACUGAAUUUCUUCAAAACCAUUGCAGAAGUGAGGUCAUCCUUGAAAAGUGGCAGAAAAAGAAAAUAGCAGAGAUAGGUCCAGUGCAGUGGCUUGCCACUCAAAAGAGGGCAGCAGACAAAGUCGUCUUCCUUCUUUCCAAUGAUGUCAACAGUGUGUGCGAUGGUACCUGUGGCAAGGGCGAGAGCAGUCCCAGUGAGAACUCUCAAGACCUCUUCCCCCUUGCCUUUAACCUUUUCUGCAGUGAUCUAAGAAGCCAGAUUCAUCUGCACAAAUACGUGGUGGUCUACUUUAGAGAGACUGAUACCAAAGACGAUUAUAAUGCUCUCAGUGUCUGCCCCAAGUACUACCUCAUGAAGGAUGCCACUGCUUUCUGUGCAGAACUUCUCCACGUCAAACAGCAGGUGUCAGCAGGAAAAAGAUCACAAGCCUGCCACGAUGGCUGCUGCUCCUUGUAGCCCACCCAUGAGAAGCAAGAGACCUUAAAGGCUUCCUAUCCUACCAAUUACAGGGAAAAAACGUGUGAUGAUCCUGAAGCUUACUAUGCAGCCUACAAACAGCCUUAGUAAUUAAAACAUUUUAUACCAAUAAAAUUUUCAAAUAUUGCUAA